AUGAAUGAACAUUUGCGUAGGGUUAAAGAUCAAGAAACAUUGGUUCACUACCUGGGAAAAGAUAUCCAGAAUGAGCUUAUACAGCUUCUAGCCGGUGCUAUAAAGAAGAAAAUUAUAACAAGUACAACCUCAGCUAAAUACUAUUCAAUUAUUCUGGACUGCACACCCGAUGUUUCUCACAUUGAGCAAAUGACAAUGAUUGUACGUUUUGUUGAUGUAAGCAAACCAUCAGAUAAUGAGUCUGAAAGUAUUACUAUAAGAGAACAUUUCUUAGGAUUUAUUCCACUACAGGAGACUACAGGUGCCUUUAUAGCAGAAACUCUUCUUGAACAGCUGAAGCUAAUUCAAUUGCCAAUUGAAAAUCUGCGUGGUCAAGGGUAUAACAAUGGCAGUAACAUGAAAGGUAAUAUAUAUGAUGCUUUGAUAGAUAUUUUUGAGGAUACAAGCCUAUCAGGUCCAUCUGGAAAUACUUCCCGAGUUGAAGCCAAGGGCCUUGCUGAUGCAGUUAGUAAAUUCAAGUUUGUGGUAUCCCUUGUUACAUGGUACAACAUCCUUUUUGAAGUCAAUCUUACAAGCAAGCUACUACAAAAUAAGGAAGCUGAUUUAAAUUCAGCUACAAGACAAUUGCAAGUGACCAAGAAUUAUCUCAUAACCUGCAGGUGUGAUAAGGGUUUUCAACAAGUUUUGACAGAUGCUACUGAGAUUGGAAAUGAGAUACAGAUAGUACCAAACUUUGAGACAGAAGAUCAAGUUCGAAACAGGAGAAAGAAACGGCAGUUUGAUUAUGAGGCCCGAGAAGAAGCACCACAAGAUCCAAAGCAUAAAUUCAAAACAGGUUUUUACUAUGCUGUUUUAGACAUGGCAAUACAAUCAAUUGAAGAGAGAUUCCAACAGCUACAAAAAUAUAAUUCACUAUUUGGCUUUCUAUAUGACAUAUACAGUAUAAAGAAAAAAUCUACAGAAGAUUUACUUAAGGACUGUAAUAAUUUGGAAAAGUCAUUGAUGCAUAAUGGAAACAAAGAUAUUGAUGCUGAAGAUCUGCGUUGUGAACUUGAAGCAAUAGCUCGAAGACUUCCAAAGCCUAUGCCGCCACAAGAAGUACUUCUCUUCAUACUACAAAAUAAACUUCUGGAUAACGUGCCCAAUGUUUCUGUUACUCUGAGGAUCCUUCUCACACUUCCAGUAACAGUGGCAAGUGGUGAACGUAGUUUCUCAAAGCUCAAACUUAUAAAAAGUUACAUACAUUCUACAAUGUUGGAAAAGAGACUAGUUGGCUUGGCAACUAUAUCUAUUGAACAUACACAGGCAGCAGCACUUGAUCUGGCUGAAAUGGUGACAAAAUUUGCAAAGGAAAAGGCACGCAGAGUGAGAUUUUAA